GUCGCCGCCUCGCCGCCGAUCCGAUCCGAGCGAGCCAAGAUGCAUUCGACCAACCUGCUCCUCGAGGAGCCCAUCCGGAUGGUCUCCAUCCUCGAGCCGUCCAAGCCCAAUUUCUUCCCGGCCAUGACGAAGAUCGUGGGGACGCUGGGGCCCAAGUCCCGCUCCGUCGAGGCCAUCUCCGCCUGCCUCAAGGCCGGCAUGUCUGUGGCCCGUUUCGAUUUCUCGUGGGGCGAUGCCGCGUACCACCAGGAGACGCUCGAGAACCUCAAGCUCGCCAUCAAGGCCACCAAGAAGCUGUGCGCCGUUAUGCUCGACACAGUCGGCCCUGAGCUGCAAGUGGUGAACAAGAGCGAGGUCACUAUCUCGCUUGAAGAGAACGAGUCUGUUGUGCUCACCCCUCACCAGGGCCAGGAGGCCUCCUCCAAAUUGCUGCCCAUCAACUUCUCUGGACUCGCCAAGGCUCUGAAGCCAGGGGACACUAUAUUUGUUGGGCAAUACUUGUUCACAGGCAGUGAGACUACUUCAGUUUGGCUGGAGGUUUCUGAAGUCCAAGGGGAUGACGUCGUUUGUGUGAUCAAGAACUCAGCUACCCUGGCUGGGUCACUCUUCACACUGCACUGCUCCCAGAUCCAUAUCGACUUACCCACACUUUCUGAUGAGGACAAGGAUGUUAUGAAAAAAUGGGGUGCCCCAAACAAGAUUGACUUCCUCUCGCUUUCUUAUACGCGACAUGCGGAAGAUGUGCGCCAAGCACGCGAGUACCUCUCAAAGUUGGGUGAUCUUAGCCAAACUUUGAUUUUUGCCAAAAUAGAGAAUGUGGAGGGCUUAAACCAUUUUGAUGAAAUCCUGGAAGAAGCAGAUGGUAUAAUUCUGUCAAGGGGUAACCUCGGAAUUGAUCUUCCACCGGAAAAGGUGUUUUUAUUUCAAAAAUCUGCUCUCCACAAGUGCAACAUGGCUGGAAAGCCUGCUGUCGUUACUCGUGUUGUGGACAGUAUGACUGACAACCUCAGGCCUACUCGUGCGGAGGCAACUGAUGUGGCAAACGCAGUACUGGAUGGUAGUGAUGCCAUUCUCCUUGGUGCUGAGACUCUCCGUGGGUUGUACCCAGUUGAGACUAUUUCAACAGUAGGCCGAAUUUGUGCUGAGGCUGAGAAGGUCUUCAACCAAGAUUUAUACUUCAAGCGGACCGUGAAAUACGUGGGAGAACCCAUGACUCACUUGGAAUCUAUUGCUUCCUCUGCAGUGCGGGCUGCUAUCAAAGUGAAGGCUUCUGUCAUCAUUUGCUUUACCUCGUCUGGAAGGGCUGCAAGGCUAAUUGCCAAGUACAGGCCCACGAUGCCUGUUUUGUCUGUUGUCAUUCCUCGUCUUAAAACAAACCAACUGAAGUGGAGCUUCACGGGCGCAUUUGAAGCAAGACAAUCACUUAUAGUUAGAGGCCUCUUUCCCAUGCUUGCUGAUCCACGUCACCCAGCUGAAUCUACUAGCACUACAAAUGAGUCAGUUUUGAAGGUUGCUCUUGACCACGGCAAGGUGUCCGGUGUGAUCAAAUCGCACGACCGUGUUGUCGUCUGUCAGAAGGUGGGAGAUUCCUCGGUCGUGAAGAUCAUUGAGCUGGACGACUAGGCUACUACUAGCCUAGCUCAUGGUUUGCCAGAUUUUUGACUAGGCCAAAACGUUGCUUGGUGGCUAUAUGUAUAAUCCUAUAGUUUUGCUAAACGAGCUAUUUUCCCUAUGGUGUCAUCAUAGGAUCCACCUUCCAGUUCUGAAACCUACGUUCCUAGUUAUGGAAACUUGCUCAGGUUUUACUGCAGUGUAUCACUUAAAUGAUCGGGUGGAAUAAUGAAAUUGAGACUGUACACCCUUUCCUACGGGUGAUGCGAGUCUAGUUUUCACGCA